GCUAGAUACGAGAAAAACAGUUCGCAAGAACAAUUCUGUUUUCAUUAGAAGUAUAUACGACCAGUGCGUCUCAACGUUUUAGAAGCAUUGGCAGCGUACGGUAGCCUUACUGGAAAAGCCUAUACUGUCUAUCGAUUUUUAUAGGGUAUAUGGAAGUGCGGCAAAGCAGUUCUUCUUUAAAGAAUAUGCGAUCUCAAACCGAUGAUUUCCAACGUUGAAUUUAUUGUUCCAAUAGCACGAGUUAAUCAAAGAACGGUUUGAUUUAGCAUUUAGUGCGUGAUACAAGGGGAUAUAGUAUCAUCAAUUAUUCAAACGGAGAGUUUUGUUCAAUUUAGACUUAGAAUGUGAUAGUUAACAUAACGAACAAAAUCGGAUAAUAAAAAUUAGCGGAAAUGUCUGUCAGUCUAUAGAAUGGUUUAAUAGGAAUAAUAGUUUCAGUGAGAUUUUGCCGUUAUUGUAAAAUUCCAUUGGGGAAUGAUAUUGUUAUGAAAUGUUUUAAUCAUUGUACAUAUGACUUAGGUUUUUUGAUAGUUGUAUAUAUAUACUAGGAUUUUAACGUGUGAUGUGUGAUAUUUUCUAUGUGUGUACAGUAUGUUGUGGAUAAUACGACAGCAACAUGGCGGAGUUAAGUGAACAGGCUGUGGAUCAGUCUGAACCCGGCCCCGCUCAUGAUGAUAAGUCGGAGACCGUCAAACGAGAUUCAGAUGUGACGGGAACGUGUACCAGUACACAAGAAGAAACAGGGAAUGAUGAUGAAGAUGAAAUGCCAUACCCGGGUUUCGUACCCGUGGCUCUUCGCUGCCUUGAUCAAAAGAAUGUCGUCCGGCUCUGGUGCCUACGUACAAUAACAUGGCCAUGGUUCGAACGACUGAGUAUGUUCGUGAUCAUCUUGAACUGUGUUACCCUUGGAAUGUACCAGCCGUGCAACGACAAUGUCUGCGACAGUCUACGAUGCCGCAUUCUCCAAAACUUUGAUCACUUCAUCUUUGCCUUUUUCGCCAUAGAGAUGAUCAUAAAAAUUACAGCAAUGGGAUUCUGGGGGAAGACAACAUAUUUAGCGGAUUCUUGGAACAGACUUGAUAUGUUUAUAGUGCUAGCUGGAGUUGUUGACUACGUAGUUGACAAUACACUAGAAUAUGGUAUAGAUUCGGAGAACCUCAGUCUUUCAGCUAUCAGAACUAUCAGGGUGCUUAGGCCAUUGAGGGCGAUUAACAGGAUACCAAGUAUGAGAAUUCUCGUGAUGUUGCUACUCGAUACCUUGCCAAUGUUGGGGAAUGUCCUUCUGUUAUGUUUCUUUGUAUUUUUUAUCUUUGGUAUAAUCGGUGUGCAGCUGUGGGCCGGGGUACUUAGAAAUAGAUGUUUCAUUAAUAUCAGUGACAACAUAUCAUAUAAUGUAAGUUUACGACCAUAUUACGUCCCCAUGAAAGAAUAUGAAGACUAUAUAUGUGCACGACCUGGCGAGUCUGGUAUGCGAAGAUGUGAGAAUCUGCCUCGCUACCAGUUCGAGGGCAUCAAAUGCAAUGGUAGCGCAAAGCCGUUUCGGAACAAUACACCAACGAACAGUUCGUGCGUGAACUGGAACCAGUAUUACACUGUAUGUGAUGCCGGAGACAAGAACCCAUUUCAGGGUGCAAUCUCUUUUGACAACAUUGGUCUUGCAUGGGUGGCAAUCUUUCAGGUGAUUAGCCUUGAAAGUUGGGUUAAUAUAAUGUAUUAUGUACAAGAUGCACAUUCAUUCUGGGACUGGUCGUAUUUUGUAGCACUUAUUGUUAUUGGCUCAUUCUUCAUGAUCAAUUUAUGUUUAGUUGUCAUAGCGACGCAGUUUUCCGAAACUAAGAAACGCGAAACAGAACGAAUGUUACAGGAGCGGAAACGUUAUCAGUCAACUAGUACAUUAGCUAGCAACUCUGAACCUAGCAGUUGUUAUACAGAAAUUCUAAAAUAUAUUGGACAUCUAUAUAGGCGUGGAAAAAGAAAAUUACUAAAACUCUACUACGAAAAGACAGGCAAAACGCAUAAGAAAGUCAAACCGGAGUUGGCUCUCCGGAAGAAAAAGAAGAAAGGUAUCGCUCAACAUCAUUACAAUCAAUGUAACCAUGCACGCAGUAAAAAUCAGAGACAUGCACAUUAUCAUUAUGUAUAUCUUAAUCAUGAAACUGUACCACUGUGUCAUGAUAGCUAUCCUUCAAAUCAUUUAGCUCCUAGAGCCAGCCCCGAGGCAUCUGAGGUAGAUCCUAUCUCCUCUCCACGGCGACCGCCCUUUCUGACGGUCCCUGGCAUUAGUGCUCAACCUUCGUCCGAAUCUCUGAACACGCUGGCUAUAGCCGCAGCUGAGGUUCUAACACCUUCGCUCUUCAAAUCAUUUGCUCCCUCAUCUAAUCAGCUAUCAGCGCAUGUUUCGAAUGCCAAUAGCAGAAAUCCGUCAUUUAGUUUAGAUGGAAGUGUGAAACAUCUACAAUUUUUGCCUGACGUUGUAUCAACCCACAGUGCAAAGAAUGCAACAUUAGCAGCAUCUAAUACGUUAGUGAAUGAGGAAUAUGAUGCGUUUAAAUUUCAUCAUGUGAAUGAUAAAGGGUUACCAGACACAUAUCUGGCCGAGACAGUAAAUGACAAAUUCUAUCCUCGUAUACAAUGUGCCUUACCAUGUGACCAUGAGGUCAGAGGAUAUCCGUGUUAUGACUGUGAUUGUGUCGAGCAUGAUCAUGAAUUUGAAAUGGAAUAUAAACAUGACCCUGAAAAUUGCGGCUGCAAACAAGAACAUUCACAGAAAAAGAAUUCAGCAUGGUUUAUUCGUGCAGCGAGAAGAAAGGUUGAACUUAUGGUAGAACACAGAUUGUUCCAGAGAGGUAUUCUAGCAGCCAUCUUAUUCAACACGUUCAGCAUGGGUAUAGAAUAUCACAACCAGCCUCAAGAGUUGACAGAGGUUUUGGAAUACAGCAACUAUGCAUUCGCGACAUUGUUUGCUGUAGAAAUGUUUCUGAAGCUGAUCUCAUAUGGUUUGUUUGGUUACAUAAAAAACGGGUUUAACGUCUUCGACGGAGUUAUUGUAAUCCUCAGCAUGGUUGAACUAUUAAAUCAAGAUGGUGGGAGCGGGUUGUCGGUUCUUCGAACUUUCCGAUUGUUAAGGAUUUUAAAACUUGUGCGUUUUAUGCCCGCGUUACAGAGACAGCUUAUUGUGAUGUUACGGACGAUGGAUAACGUCGCCACAUUCUUUGCCUUAUUGUUACUUUUUAUGUUUAUAUUUAGCGUUCUGGGUAUGAAUCUUUUUGGAUGCAAGUUUUGUCGAUAUCGCCGGAACGGUACAUACUACUGUGAUAGAAAGAACUUUGAUUCCCUUUUAUGGGCUAUAAUUACUGUAUUCCAGGUGCUAACCCAAGAGGAUUGGAAUACUGUCUUAUAUAACGGCAUGGAAAGGACGUCAGCCUGGGCUGCCUUGUAUUUUGUGGCUUUGAUGACGUUUGGAAAUUAUGUUUUAUUCAACCUUCUUGUUGCUAUCCUAGUCGAAGGAUUUUCAUCAGAGGAGGACGAAAAAAAGAAACGACGAGAGUCUAUCAAAGAGAGAAAACUUGAAGUGAUAAUGGAGACCAACAACAAUGAACAAAGAGACUCUGUUAAACAAAAGGUGGCAGAGGUACUUGAUGUCAAAAUUAACAAUAAAGAAAAGGAAAAGUUGUUGGGGUUAAAUAAAGUAUCAAAGGACGAGAACAACAAAGUAUUUACGUUACCACCACCAGUUAUAACGCACACAGAAGCCACGCCUAUGGCAACGCCCCAAGGAUCCCCGAAUGAACAUACUGAAAGAGAAAUCAAUGUAAAUAGACAAGCAGACACUAAUUCACUCCUUAAUGUUGAAAAUUCUACAUUGAACAACGUUGCACAACGCCUCUCACUCAAUUCAUCUUUGUCAAUGUCAUCAAAUCGUCUUAGUUGUAAUCUUUCCCGUGCCUCUAGUUGUCGAACCCCUACUGUCAGUUUCCGCACGUCAUCCAGGAUAUCAGCACGUGUAUCACCCCGUCCAUCACCUCGACCUUCACCCCGACUCUGGAGGUCACUUAGCUAUGGUAGUCGCAGAAAUAGUUGGAAAAUGAAGAGAACAAAAGAAGGUGACAGAGCAAAGUUAAUGAAGACCAACUCUAACAAUGACCCAUGUGAUGACGAUGAUUAUUUCUGUGAUUAUGAUGAGGACGAAGACGAUGAAGUUUUCAAACCUGCUUCACAACCAAUUUUGAAACCGAACGGGAGCGCAAUUAAAAGUUCCGAAUGUAAUGGCGGCAUUCCAUUGAACAACCGUAGAGUAUUCAGCUCACAUCAGAAUCUCAUGUUUAAUCGCCGUAUGUCAUCACCAAAAAACUCUUUACGUAGCCGUAAUAAUUCGUCAAGUAGUGCACGAAGUAUCUGUAACUCUAUUCAUCUAAGCCGACAAAACACGUUCCCAACACGUCGUAAAAUUCACUCCCUGUCGUCGACGUGUAGUGGACACGGUAAUGACGACUACCGUCCUAACAAUUUAUCUGAAGUUGGAAAUGAUAAGGAAGAGGAAGAGAAAAGAUCUAACGAUGAAGAAGAAGAUCCUGAUGCAAUGGAUGAAACAAAUUGCAACUAUUCCUGGUGUCCUGAGCCACAUGGUUGUUUCCUGGCCAGACUGGAGUAUUCACUGUAUUUGCUCAGUCCCGACAAUCCACUUAGACGUUUGGCCUUUCAUGUUAUUGCUCAGAAAUGGUUCGACAAUUCUGUACUCUUCUUUAUCGCCCUCAAUUGUAUUACCUUAGCAAUGGAGAGACCGGACAUUCCUCCGGACAGUGUGGAAAGAGAGUUCCUCACCAUAUCAAACCAUAUAUUCACCGUGAUCUUUACCCUUGAGAUGAUGAUCAAGGUACUUGCCAAGGGUUUAUUGAUUGGGAAACAUGCUUAUCUUAAAAGUGGCUGGAAUAUAAUGGACGGGUUUCUUGUCGCUAUAUCAUUGAUAGAUACCAUCAUCUCCAUGACCGCUUCAAGCAGCCCCAGAAUAUUCGGAAUACUUCGGGUGUUCAGACUUCUUAGAACUCUAAGACCACUCAGGGUAAUAAGUAGAGCUCCAGGAUUAAAGUUGGUUGUGCAGACGUUGCUGUCAUCAUUACGGCCUAUAGGAAACAUCGUACUCAUUUGUUGUACAUUUUUCAUCAUAUUCGGAAUACUCGGUGUACAGUUAUUUAAAGGAACAUUCUACUAUUGUAAAGGACCGAAUGUUUCUGAUAUCAAAAACAAAACCCAGUGUCUUGCACAGAAAAGAAAUGUAUGGAUCAAUCAAAAAUACAACUUCGACAAUCUUGGGCAGGCUUUAAUGGCAUUGUUUGUACUGGCUUCUAAAGAUGGUUGGGUGAGCAUCAUGUAUACAGGGCUGGAUGCUGUAGGUGUUGAUCAACAACCUAUUCAGAACUACAAUGAAUGGCGGCUAAUUUUCUUCAUCUCAUUUCUGCUGCUCGUCGGUUUCUUUGUACUGAAUAUGUUUGUCGGGGUUGUUGUGGAAAACUUUCAUAAAUGUAGAGAAUCCCAGGAAAUAGAAGAAAAAGCUAGGAGAGCCGAGAAACGCCAGCAAAAACUUGACAAGAAACGACGAGAGUUGAUAUCUCCUGGAGGUUUGCAGCAAUGUCCAUACUGGGCAAAAUAUGGAAAACCACGACUGAUCAUAUACACGGUGAUAAACAGCAAAUACUUUGACCUUGCUAUUGCUGGUGUGAUUGGUCUCAACGUUAUUACAAUGGCUCUGGAGUUUUACAUGAUGCCCCAGGAACUUCAAUUUGCCCUUCAAAUAUUCAAUUAUUUCUUUACAUCUGUGUUCAUUCUUGAAGCAGCUAUGAAAAUAAUAGCACUUGGAAGCCUUAGAUAUCUCCGAGAUAGAUGGAACCAACUUGAUAUAUUCAUCGUUAUUCUCUCCAUUGUCGGCAUUGUCCUAGAAGAAAUGAAAACAAAUGUCAUCCCCAUCAAUCCAACAAUCAUCCGGGUAAUGAGAGUUCUCAGAAUUGCAAGAGUACUGAAGUUGUUGAAAAUGGCAAAAGGUAUUCGAGCUUUGUUAGACACGGUUAUUCAAGCAUUACCACAAGUUGGAAACCUCGGACUCCUCUUCUUUCUCUUGUUUUUCAUUUUUGCGGCUCUUGGUGUCGAACUUUUUGGACGUCUAGAGUGUUCUGAAGAACAUCCUUGUGAAGGACUUGGAGUCCAUGCUCAUUUCAGAAACUUUGGUAUGGCAUUCUUAACAUUAUUUCGUGUUGCCACGGGAGACAACUGGAACGGAAUAAUGAAGGACACAUUGAGAACCGACUGUGACAACAGCGAUAACUGCUUGAAGAAUUGCUGCGUGAAUUACGUAAUAGCUCCGGUCUACUUUGUUGUGUUUGUUUUGAUGGCACAAUUUGUCCUAGUAAAUGUCGUUGUGGCUGUUCUUAUGAAACACCUUGAGGAAACAUACAAAUACAAAGAAUUAGAUGAUGAAGUAGAGGAAGAGCUAAAGUUGGAAAUGGAUGUAAUGAGACGAACAGCAUUGAGGGAAAACUAUGAGAUGGCGAAAAUAAAGGAUUCACAUAAAGUUAUAGAUGAUGAAGUUGAGCUUGAAGCACUUUUCCGAAAGCAAGUGAAAGAGUAUACAAUCAACAAACCUCCAGGAAAUGAUGAUAAAAAUGACAAUGAUACAGAAAAUAUGUUAUUACCACCCCCUCCUUCUUUUACACUCCGACCACCAAGUUGUGAGCCAUGCCCACCAAGUCCUACAGCAACUUUAUGGGCUUCGAAUGAUCGGAAAGAAAUGUUUUUGAAUCCAAUGUCGAUUACAAUCAAUGUUCACAAUGAUAACAAUACUCUUAAAGUACCGAGUAUAUCAUCAAUGGACGGCAGAAUGAGUAUCCGGGAGAGAUUUUCUAGUGAUUCAAGUUAUGAUGAAGGCAGCUCUAAGUUUAUACGAAGCGCUGUCUCUACACCAACACCGAGUUUAAAAGACAUGCAGGAACAUUGUCUUAUUAGACCAGUCAGUGAACAACAAAUUAAUCUGAAAAGUAGAAAAGAAAAGGCUGUAUCUUGGCACAGUAAAAUACCUUCAAGCACCCAAACUUUAGGAUGUGUAGAAGGAGUAAAUGAUAAGGAAAUGCACAGUGAUAAGCACACACAGUCCCAACCUUUGUUAGGGACAUUAGAAAGUUCUAGUUCACGCAAACAUAUAUGUAGGCAUACGUAUUCAGUCAAGCAGGUUCGCUCGUCAGCUAAAGACUCUGGUAAAAGCUGGAGUGUUCGUAGAUGUGCUAGUUCUGGAAACGAAAAGUCAAGAUUCAGAGAAAAAUAUCUUCAUCUAAGACCUACUAAUAAAGUUGAAGACUUUAAUCCACCUGUGGCACUUAAAAAAGGUAAAGUGUCUAAACAACCAAGCAUAUCAAAAACUGAUUCCAUUGACAACAGUAAAGUUGACGAAAUGUCUCUUAUAGACUGGGAAGAGGACGAAAAGUUAUGUGAUGAAGAAGUAGGUAAUAUUACCGGAAAUGUUGAUGACGACGAUGAUGUUAGGCCUACAAUGACAUUGCGUAAACAUGAUUCAGACAUUAACUUACAUUUUAGAGGCUCGCGACCACUUUUAACUGGUCGGUUAAAUCAAUCUAUAGAUGAUAAUCAUUCCAAAGCGAAUACACUAAUUCCGACUCGUGAUUCUGACAAAUGUGAUUUUCCUAGUUCUGACAUAUCCUUCGGAACAAAUGGUUCAUACAAAGAACCAAGAAAAUCAAAAGAAUGUGAAACAGUAUUUAAUGAACCUAACAAACAGUAUGACAACAAUUUAUUACUCUCUGUUCCAACACUCCCCGUUCGACCAAAUCCUAUGGGUAAUGAAAACAAACUUGGUUUUCCGUUGCAAGAUGGGACUUUGUUACGUCCUUUAGUUUUACCAAACGAAGAAAGAAGACCACUAGUUCAGAGUCCUAGACCCGGGUUAUCUUUCAUGUCAUCGAAUUCAUUCCCAGAAGGAAGUGAAGAACGCCGGACAAUACCAGCGAGUCCACGUCCUAAAUUGAAAAAUAUUGACCAACGACCAGUGUCGUUAGACUGUCCGCCUGGGUGGGCUGGUAGUGAUGUUGAUGAAUCAUCUAGCCAAAAGCGGGAACGGCGACUUUUAUUACCAUCAAAUCGUGCUGGAGAGAGUCAUUUGUGAUAAUAUUUAUUUCAAUAGCAACUGGAUAAAAACAAUUCGAUAAAAAAAGAUAUUCAAAUAUUUGUUUUAUGUUAAAUACAAAAGUUUUUGAAUACAUAAAUUCAUAAGUAUAUAAAUAUUGUAUGCAACAUUUCAGCCUUACCUUGUUUCAAAGGACAUUAGAAAAUGUUUUGAUGCGUUCAAAUGAAAGGUUCUUUAUCAUUUUUUUAUAUAAAUUGUGACCUCUUUGACUUAUAUUAACUGUCAAUUUUUAAACUAUGCUCAUACAUAUCGCAAAAGUGCUUGUAAAUAUUUUCAUCCGAACAUCGCCAAAGUCUGCAUGAUUGCGUGCAUGUCGUGAAUGCUAUUUCUUUCUUCUUAUUUAAUUCAAUUUUCUGACUGUAUCACUGGACGUUAUCUUAGAAUAAGUGUGGCAAAGAAUUCUUGUUUAAAACUUCAAUUUUCGUAUGUUUAUUGAACACGUUUAAAUGUUACUAAGGAUGGAAAGCAUCCAGCGACACAUUUACUCCAGGUUUUGUUGUUCAAUUCGUCUUCAUUGAUAUGCUCACAAAUGAUGUUUAUGUAAACGUUUGCAAAACGAAAUUGUUGACUCUGAUUUAUUGAAUGUACGAUAUAAUUUAUUGAUGAAACGUCGAUGCAAAUUAGAUUAGAAAUGGGACACAUGUUGCAAUUACGUGCGCGUGAAAGUGGGUUGAUGUUUUUUGAGGCAUUUUUUAUUGUAACGUUUAUGUUUCAUAGUGUUUUAUAACAAACUGUUAACAAAAUGUUUCCUCAUUUGUAAAUCUCGUAACUAAAUCAAGUAUGUUCAUACCAGGAGACAUUAUGUAAACAUUAUGACAAUUAAUUGAUUUUUUAUGAAAUAUAGAUUUUGUAGAUUGUGUGUAGUAUAAGAAUACGUCUACAAAUUUUGCUUUAUAACCCUUUAUAACAAAUCGUUGACAAAUAUUUUGGUGUUUUAUUUAGGAAAAUUAGAGCAUCUGCUUGAAUAUUUUAAAUUCUCAAUUUUAAAUUUUUUUUGUAUAAAGAUAAAAAAAAAUAUUUUUUAUAUUCCGUAGGUUCGGUAUGAUUAACGUUUUUCCCCUUUUUAUACAAUGCUAUAUUAUGUUGGUGAGAUGGUCAGAACAGUGGAUUGUUUAGAACACAGCAUAAAGGCGAAAUAUUAAGAUUAGUCUCCAAUUUCAAUUCCGUAGUCGUUGUAAUUUGUGUGUGAUUAAAUUGUAAAAUCCGGAUAAAUGAUAGAUUAAAUUUUCUACGAAAAUGAUAAAUCAAUACAUAUUGCUUAUUCAAUUUCAGUCGGAAAAUUUGCAUUGAAUAAAUGUCCUGUUUGCCAUAUAGGUACAUGAAGCCACGUUUACCUAACCUGAAAAGUUCAAGCAGUCUUAAUAACAGAUAUUAUGAUGUGAAAAGGAACUGUUGCAGAUAGUGUUUUAUUGAUACUGUUAUGUUUUUUUAUUGUUUAAAUUAAAUUUUAUAUGCUGAAAUUUCCACUUUUCCUCACGUCAUCAUUGUACAGUUUUAUCUCAUUUUGUUAUAUUUUAUACGUUUGUGCUUGUUUUACUGAUAGAGAACGAAUUGUGGAAAUACAUGCGGUUUGUAAGAAGAACUAAAUUAAAUUUGGUGUAUUAUAUUGAACAAAAAGUAUUUAUAAUAAAUUGUUAAUUCCUUAA